AUGGCAGGCAAUGUUUUGGUUGUGAAGCCUGCACCGGGUGUCUCGCAGUCAUCUCUCGCUCUGAUCAAGAUCUUUCGCGAAGCUGGAUUACCAGAAGAGGCCCUUAGCUUGACUUUUGCGACUGUACCUCAGAUUCAUCGCAUGAUUGGCGAUUUCCGAGUGCGGGGAGUGACGUUUACUGGAAGCUCACGGGCCGGUUCAGCCAUAGCAGAGUCGGCUGGCCGGCAUCUCAAAAAGGUCGUCUUGGAACUGGGAGGUUCUGAUCCUUUCAUCAUACUGCCCGAUGCUCCCCUGCAAGAUGCCAUCGAUAUGGCCGUGGAAGGACGUUUGCAUAACACUGGACAGGCAUGCAUUGGGACCAAGCGUGUUAUUGUUGUGGGAAAGGAGCGCGGUGAGUUGGUAUUGCGUGAUAUGCAAGAGGGAAUGGCAUCCCUCCAAGCAGGAGAUCCCAGAGAUUCAUCGACAACGGUGGGCCCAGUUGUUUCUGAGCGUGCCUUGCUCGGCUUACUGGAGCAGAUUGAAGUCGCUGAACGGAGUGGCGGUGCCGUGGCACUUGGCGGACGUCGUAUUGCGAGACCCGGCUUCUACCUUGAACCGACAAUUUUGACGAAUAUCUCGCAAACAAAUCCGGCCACUAAGCAAGAGUUCUUCGGUCCUGUCGUGAGCCUCUACGUCGUGGACUCUGAGAAAGAGGCUGUGGAGCUUGCCAACGGCACGGAGCUUGGACUGGGAUCGAGCAUAAUCAGUAAAGAUGUUGAGCAUGCGAAAGAAAUCGCUGAUAAACUUGAAGUAGGCAUGGUGUUUAUUAAUGGCAUCGCUUACUCUAGUCUAGAGCUGCCGUGCGGGAGGGUGAAGAAUUUUGGUAAAGAGUUGUCUCGCAUCGGGUUUCACGAAUUCGUUAACAAGAAACUGGUUCGUGUGGCAAAGAAGUUUUGA